AUGAACUGGGCAGAGGCUACUCCAGAUCUCUUCACAGCUGUGAAGGCCUUGGCAGGCUCUACAGCUGAGAUCGCCGCAGCUUCCGUCGGGGAGACGAGUCUGGUGAAAGCUGUCCAACAAAUAGAGGUUAAAGAUUCGGACACCACAGUGGAGAUCGUAGAAGCAGUAGUCCUGGAAGCGUCCACAGAGGUGGCAGCUGAGGAGGCAGCUGAAGAGGAAGCUGUUGUAGCGAGCGAGGAGGAGCUGAAGUCUGCAGAGACUGGUGCUGUUGAGGAAGUGGCUGAUGCAGAAGUUGCAGAAGCUCCAUCUGCUGAAGAGGUGAUUACAGAGGAGACGUCGGUUCCUGCUGCAAGGCAGGAGGAGGAAGCAGCUGCAUCUCCUCCUGAGGAAGCGACAGUGGAGGAGGCGGAAGAGGUUCAAGCUGAGCAUGAGGCACCGGUCCCUGAAGCUGCUCCUGAGGAAGCCGUCUCUUCUGCAGAGGCCUCACCUGAAGAUACAGCUGAGGAAGUCGCACCUGCUGAGGAGGCCAGCACCGCUGCUGAAGCUCCUCCAGUGAAUGAAACAUCACCAGAUGAGAUGACACCUGCUGCUGAGACAUCAGUGGAGGAGGGAGCGGAUGAAGCUUCAGCAGGGGAGGCCGCCGAAGUUGCGUCGACGCACGGUGAAGCCGCAGCAGUUGUGGACAUGACUCAGCUGGCAGCUGCCUCCACUGGAGCCGAUCUGGAAGUUCUUUCAGCUGCUGAACAGCAAUCCACAUCGGAAGCUCCGGCACACGAGGCGAAGCACUGCCACUCCUGCCACUCCGCUCCUUCAGCUGGAGAGGAGGUGGCGUCACCUGCUGCUUUGGGAGGGGAGCUGCUCAGUGAGGGAGAGGUGGCUGUAACACAUGAGGCCAAGGAGGCGGUGUCACUGAUGGAGGGACAAACAGCCACAGAGACGACGAUGGUGGCGACCGCCCAGUCAUGACAUGACAGUGUGCCUUCCACAACACUCGCCUAUCUGUCAGUCAAACCAAGAUGACCCAUGAAAACAACACGAAGAGAACUAACCACUGGUUCAACUAAUGUGUCCUUUCUGAAAUGUUAUUACAGAGUUUCUUGUAUGUUCUCCUUCUGUUCCUGUCCAAUCUGCAUUAGCAGUUGUAAAAUGAUUCCCAUUAUGUCUCUUGUCCUCUAGGUGACACUUGCAAAAGCUUUUCAUGACCAGUUAAAUGGAACAUAAGUUUCUUUAAAGGUGUUACAAUAGGCAUUGGAAGUGGUCUGUUGUUACUGUGAUGGUGUGUUAGCCUACCAAUAUCUACAAACUCUACCAUGAUUUUGAAGUGGGGGGGGGGGUGCACUUUUCAGCAUGUUUUCAGCUGAAAUGAUACCAUACAGAUAGACAUUCUCCUCACUUCUGUCAUAGCACAAAUGAAGGUGCAGGCAUGGCUAUCUUGAGGUACGUAAGCAUUUUAAGACCAUUAGACCAUUAUAAACACUAACUUUAAAAUUAUAUUAAGGGAUGCAUUCCUAGAAGAAAUCAUCACAAAAACAUCAGUGAAAAAUACUGCACCAAUGCUGAUAUUUGCUUUUUAAGAAUGAUAUCAAUAGUAUGCUCAUAUUUUGGCGCAUAUUUAAUUUCUAUUUUUUGUGUUACUGUUGUCUAUAUUUUACCUUGUGCAAAACAGAUCGAUAAAUAGAUUAUAAGUAGGUCCUUUAUACGCUUACACUAGAUGAUUAUAUUGAAUAGUAACAUGCAUUCAAUUCUCUAAGAUUUGUAGAUGGAUGCUUUGCUUUAAAUAUAAUUAUAGGUGCACUGCAUAAACUAUCACACAUUGACAAUAAAUUAUAUCACUAUAUGAAAUAGUUAAUAUAGCCUACCAGUUUUCCCGUUUCACUUGAGGAUGUUG